CUCCAGGAAGGGGAGGAGGCGAGGGGAACCCGCCGCGGAGACCGAGCGAGCCCCCCGCCCAGCCUGGCGCCCGGGGACCCCCCAGCACAUGAAGUGAACGCCCCCCGGGAGGACUUGGGUGCAGAGCCAGGCACGAAGGACUCAUGGGUCUUGAGUCAGAGUACCAGCCUUGGGGAUCCUGGACCACUAUCAUGGAGACUGAGAGUGAGCAGAACUCCAACUCCACCAAUGGGAGUUCCAGCUCAGGGAGCAGCUCUCGGCCCCAGAUAGCUCAAAUGUCACUAUAUGAACGGCAAGCAGUGCAGGCUCUGCAGGCCCUGCAGCGGCAGCCCAAUGCGGCUCAGUAUUUUCACCAGUUCAUGCUCCAGCAGCAGCUCAGCAAUGCUCAACUGCACAGUCUGGCUGCUGUCCAGCAGGCCACUAUUGCUGCCAGUCGGCAAGCCAGCUCCCCAAACACCAGCACUGCCCAGCAGCAGUCCCCUACCACCCAGGCCUCGAUUAAUCUGGCCACCACGUCGGCCGCCCAGCUCAUCAGCCGAUCCCAGAGUGUGAGCUCUCCUAGUACCACCACCUUGACCCAAUCUGUGCUACUGGGGAACACCACCUCCCCACCCCUCAACCAGUCCCAGGCCCAGAUGUAUUUACGGCCACAGCUGGGAAACCUGUUGCAGGUAAACCGGACCCUGGGCCGGAAUGUGCCUCUAGCCUCCCAACUCAUCCUGAUGCCCAACGGGGCCGUGGCAGCAGUUCAGCAGGAGGUACCAUCUGCUCAGUCUCCUGGAGUCCAUGCGGACGCCGACCAGGUGCAGAACUUGGCAGUGAGGAACCAACAGGCCUCAGCUCAAGGACCCCAAAUACAAGGCUCAACUCAGAAGGCCAUUCCUCCUGGAGCCUCCCCUACCUCUAGCCUUUCCCAGGCCUCUAGUCAGGCCCUUGCUGUGGCUCAGGCUUCCUCUGGGGCCACAGGCCAGUCCCUCAACCUUAGCCAAGCUGGUGGAGGCAGUGGAACUGGCAUCCCAGGGUCUAUGGGUCCAGGUGGAGGUGGCCAGGCACCUGGGGGCUUGGGACAGUUGCCUUCCUCAGGAAUGGGUGGUGGUGGGAGCUGUCCCAGAAAAGGCACAGGAGUGGUACAGCCCUUGCCUGCAGCCCAAACAGUGACUGUGAGCCAGGGCAGCCAGACAGAGGCCGAAAGUGCAGCAGCCAAGAAGGCGGAAGCCGAGGGGAGUAGUCAGCAGAGUGUGGGCAUGAACCUGACACGGACAGCAGCCCCUGCUCCCAGCCAGACUCUUAUUAGCUCAGCCACCUACACACAGAUCCAACCCCAUUCACUGAUUCAGCAGCAACAACAGAUCCACCUACAGCAGAAACAGGUGGUGAUCCAGCAGCAGAUUGCCAUCCACCACCAGCAACAGUUCCAGCACCGUCAGUCACAGCUGCUCCACACAGCCACCCACCUCCAGUUGGCCCAGCAGCAGCAACAGCAGCAACAGCAGCAGCAACAGCAGCAAGCCACAACCCUCACUGCCCCUCAGCCCCCACAGGUCCCACCUACUCAGCAGGUCGCACCUUCCCAGUCCCAGCAGCAAGCUCAGACCUUAGUGGUUCAACCUAUGCUUCAGUCUUCACCUCUGUCCCUCCCACCUGACCCAGCCCUCAAGCCACCCAUCCCCAUCCAGUCCAAACCACCUGGAGCACCUAUUAAGCCUCCUCAGUUAGGAGCUGCUAAGAUGUCUGCUACUCAGCAACCACCACCUCACAUCCCGGUUCAAGUUGUAGGCACCCGACAGCCAGGUACAGCCCAGGCACAGGCUUUGGGUUUGGCACAGCUGGCAGCUGCUGUACCUACUUCCCGGGGAAUGCCUGGUUCAGUGCAGACAGCUAAUCAGGCCCAUUUGGCGGCCUCACCACCUUCACCCCAGGCUCCUGGUGCACUGCAGGAGUGCCCUCCUGCAUUGGCCUCUGGGAUGACCCUUGGCCCUGUGCAGGGGACAGCACAUGUUGUAAAGGGUGGUGCAACAACCUCCUCACCUGUUGUAACCCAGGUUCCUGCUGCCUUCUAUAUGCAGUCUGUACACCUGCCGAGUAAACCCCAGACAAUGGCUGUCAAACGCAAGGCUGAGUCUGAAGAAGAGAGAGAUGUUUCUACAUUGGGUUCAAUGAUACCUGCUAAGGCAUCUCCAAUAGCAGAGAGCCCAAAGGCCAUAGAGGAGAAAAACAGUCUUGGAGAAAAAGCUGAACCAGUGGCCAGUGUGAAUGCUAAUACCCCAAACAGUGAAUUAGUAACCUUGACUCCUGCUCCGUCAGCACCACCUCCUACACUAGCCAUGGUGUCCAGACAGAUGGGUGACUCCAAACCCCCACAGGCCAUUGUGAAGCCCCAGAUUCUCACUCACAUCAUUGAAGGCUUUGUUAUCCAGGAAGGAGCAGAGCCUUUCCCGGUGGGUUGUUCUCAGUUGCUGAAAGAGUCUGAGAAGCCACUGCAGACUGGUGUCACAACAGGACUGGAUGAGAAUCAGUCAGGUGGCCCCUUGGGAGGGGACAGCCCAUCUGCUGAACUAGAUAAGAAGGCAAACCUCCUAAAGUGCGAGUACUGUGGGAAGUACGCCCCAGCGGAACAGUUUCGUGGCUCCAAGAGGUUCUGCUCCAUGACUUGUGCCAAGAGGUACAAUGUGAGCUGUAGCCACCAGUUCAGAUUGAAGAGGAAAAAAAUGAAAGAGUUUCAGGAAGCCAACUAUGCUCGUGUUCGCCGCCGUGGGCCCCGCCGCAGCAACUCCGACAUUGCCCGUACCAAGAUCCAGGGCAAGCGUCACCGGGGACAAGAAGACUCUAGUCGGGGUUCAGAUAAUUCCAGUUAUGAUGAAGCACUCUCUCCAACAUCUCCGGGGCCUUUAUCAGUGAGAGCUGGGCAUGGAGAACGAGACCUGGUGAAUCCCAACACAGCUCCGCCAACACCAGAAUUACAUGGCAUCAACCCUGUGUUUCUGUCCAGUAACCCUAGCCGUUGGAGUGUAGAGGAAGUGUAUGAGUUUAUUGCUUCUCUACAAGGCUGCCAAGAGAUUGCAGAGGAGUUUCGUUCCCAGGAAAUUGAUGGACAGGCCCUUUUAUUACUUAAAGAAGAACAUCUUAUGAGUGCCAUGAACAUCAAACUGGGUCCUGCCCUCAAGAUCUGCGCCAAGAUAAAUGUCCUCAAGGAAACCUAAUGUGCUCUCUUGCACAAAUCAGCCGAAGACAGACACUCCUUACUGUCUGGGUCAUAUAACCUGGAACCAGCAGAGACUUUGUAGGGAACAAAGAGCUGUUCCAAUUAUAUAAUCUCCCAGCAAGGGGAUUAUUGAGACAGGGAAGAGGAGUGCAAAAAACUGGGUGCUGGUGCUCCAAGCAUGGCAGCAGCUUUUGACAUUUUCUCUGGGUUCUUAAUUUUUUUAAAAAGUUCGCAAUUCUUACCUUUCCCAUUGAUCCUAAGUCUAUCUUUAUAAAAGUGGCAGUCUAGAGAACAAAGGCUGCUCAGCCUUAUCCUGGAGUGGAGCAUCUAGACAGUCUCAGUUCUCCAAGAAGAGAGUAUUCAAUAUGGUAAGGCAAGGCAAUGGGUGGGAUGUAGGUUUGCCUCCCCAAGGGGAGAGGUAGGGUUCUCUAGCUUGUGUGACACAAGUAGCAAAAUCCGGUAUACCCCCUCUUCCCUCUGGAUUGCCCCGCUGUGGCUGUGGCAUGGCCCAGAGCUUACUUGUUUAUUGUCACUCCCUCCCUUAGUAUUCCACAUUCACCUGCAUCCAUGGCAGGCUCACCAACCAGAGACUUGGUUGGCAUGUGAUUUGCUGCAGGGACUGAAAGCGUUUGACUGGCACCUGUGUGGCUGUUGUCAUUCUUUCUGAACCCCAUCCCCACCCCCCAGUUUAUUUGUUGUCUUCUACCCUACCAUUCUUUUCAAUUCCAACUCUGCUCUGUCCUAUAGCUUUAUAAAACAGGAGUGUGUGGGGCUAAGGUCAGGAAUAUAAGUACCUGCCUUAGGUGCUAUUCCUUGUACAACAAAAAAUUCAAAAUAUUUUUUUUUUCCCCUUCCUCAGUAAAAAAGAUCGAAAAUUGG